AUGGGCCAUGCACGUGCUGUGCCAAGGGCAAGAAAUAAUACUGAAUGUUUAUAUUGUAAUAAAAUAAUUAGAGGUGGCGGGAUCACUCGGUUGAAGCAUCAUCUAGCUGGAAUUCUAGACGAUGUAGAAGCAUGUAAAAAGGUGCCUGAAGAUGUAAAAUGGCAAAUGAAUGAGUUGCUUAAUGAAAUGAAAAAAAGCAAAGAGAAGAGAAGGACAAUAAGGUCAGAGAUUGGAUGCGAUAUAGAUUUAAUAUCUGAUGAUAUUGAUGAUCGUAAUAGUAUGGAGGGACAGUCUCAGCUUUCAAAAGCUAUCGAUGCCAUGACUGCCAUUGGGCCAGGAUUCAAAGGCCAAUCUUUAUAUGAGUUGAGAGGAAAUUUGUUAAAAAUGGCUGUGAAUGAGGUUCAAGAUUAUUUGCAACAAAUUAAGAAGAUUUGGAAUGAGACCGGUUGUUCACUAAUGGCAGAUGGUUGGACAAACCAGAAGCAACAAUCAAUAAUCAACUUUCUUGUUUAUUGUCCAAAAGGUACAAUAUUUUUGAAGUCUGUUGAUACAUCUGGUUUUAGAAAAGAUGCUGAAACAUUGUUUAAUAUCUUUGAUGAGGUUGUUCAAGAAAUUGGAGCUGAGAAUCUUGUGCAGUUCAUAACGGACAGUGAUAAAGAACUCAGACAAAUGUUUACUUGUGAUAAAUGGAUUGCAUCAAGUCAUUCUAAGAGCAGCAUAGGGAAAGAGAUAGCUGAGAUUGUUUUAGAAGAUAAAGAGUUUUGGGUUCAAUGUCAAUUCAUUGUUAAAGUUAGUGAACCUUUGGUUCGUGUUCUACGACUUGUUGACGGGGAUGAGAAGCUUGCAAUGGGAUACUUGUAUGAUGCAAUGGAAAGAGCCAAAGAGAACAUAAAAGCAAGAUGCAAUAACAAAUUGCAUGGUGGACCCAAUUUGGUUGCGAGGUUCCAACGCUUCAAAGGUUUGCUGUUCGAGUACUAA